UCGUAUUCCUACCUGAUAUCCAGGUGAUGUACUUGGGUAAUCCUCAACAUCUGUUCGGCAUAGUACUAUAUACGCCUCGGUGCCUUUCCUCGCCUUUCAAUUGUGUAUGAGACAGAAAUUUUCCGGAACCGUCGUGGCUUCUGCUACGAAAAGAGAAAAAUAGGGGCUACCGGCAAUUGCCGACGUCCAGCGAGACAUUCUUCACAAGAGCUUUCGCCGUGUGGCCCAAAGGUCGCCGCAGACAUUCAGGACGACCGCCCGUCAUGGAUCCUCUGCUGGCAUUGUCGCUCAAGGGAAGGCUCUCAGAAUUCGCGGCAACCCCGCUGGAACCCAUCAAACAGUCCCUGCAAGACCACGUCGACUUCGUACCAUCACGGGUUCCCCUGCAACGGAGACUUCAAAUGCUGGCGGUGGCGUCGUGGUCGGUCCUUUUUGUCUUGAUGACCUGCCUGUUUCUCUACCUUUGCUCUUUUCCCCCAUUAUGGCCUUUCCUCGCCCUCUAUCACAUCUGGGUUCAUCACAUUGACAAAGCGUCCAUUUACGGGGCAAGGCCAAAGAAAUGGUUUCGUCAUUUUGUCUGGUGGAGAUAUUUUGCCGACUAUUACCCUAUAUCGCUGAUGAAGGAAGCUGAUCUUCCUGCGGACCGAACCUAUAUCUUUGGGUACCAUCCUCAUGGAAUCAUUGGAAUGGGUGCGAUGGCUACCUUUGCAACGGAAGCAACCGGGUUUUCGAAGGCUUUUCCAGGAAUAACUCCCCACCUCCUGACGCUCACCAGCAACUUCAAGCUUCCGUUUUACCGGGACCUGAUUAUGUGGCUCGGUAUAGCUAGCGUAUGCAAGAGAUCAUGCAGCAAUAUUCUUGCAGGCGGUCCCGGACAAUCUAUAACCAUCGUCGUCGGAGGCGCCGCCGAAAGUCUGAGUGCACAUCCAGGCACCGUCGACCUCACUCUCAGGAAACGACUUGGUUUCAUCAAAGUUGCUAUUCAGCAAGGGGCGAAUCUCGUGCCAGUCUUCUCCUUCGGUGAAAACGACAUCUACCAACAGAUGCCGAAUGAAAAGGGGACGACAGUAUACCUUCUCCAGAAGAAGUUUCAGUCGAUCUUUGGAUUCACUUUCCCACUCUUCCAUGGACGUGGACUGUUGAAUUAUAACCUAGGUCUGAUGCCCUACAGACGGCGAAUCGUCGUCGUCAUCGGUCGACCUAUUCACGUCAAGCAGAUAGAUAAACCUGAUAUAGAGGAGAUUAGGCGCAUUCAGUCUCUAUAUAUUGAUGAGCUGACACGAAUCUGGGAUACGUACAAGGACGACUUUGCGAAAGCACGAAAACGAGAACUGAACAUUAUCGAAUGAAACUCCGCUGCUCAAUAAUCUAUGCUCAAAUUUUGUGGAUGUACAUUUAUGGAUUUCUAACGUUUAUCGCGGAGCUGUAUCAUCACGUGUAACUGUUUAUAGAUUCGUUCCCCCCAGUCUCAGUAAUGCCACCGGGAACGUGUAAUGCUAAAGGACACUCUUACCUUAGACUGUUUUAUCGUCCUAGAAUACAUGCCCUUCAAAAGCCACGACUGUCGACGCUGCUUUUUGAACUUGUCUUUGCGACCCUGGCUUUACGAACACGCUCUGAUGUGUAUUUUAAUGGUAGUAUACGGGCAUCGCACCGCAUCUGGUGGCCCAUCUGGUCACUCUGUGCAUAUAGACUCUGGAAAGAGUCGGUGGAAAAGUGAG